GCCAUUCAUCAAGAAACUAAUAUAUAGCAAAAUAUAUAUAAAAAAAAUAAAAAAAAAUGGGAGUUGCAGGCACAUUGGAAUACUUGUCUGAUGUGUUUAGUAGCAGCAGUAACAAAAAGAAGAAAAAGAAACAGUUAAACACAGUUUCAGUCAAGAUCAGAAUGGACUGUGAUGGCUGUGCUCUUAAAGUCAACAGAGCUCUCUCUCGGGUCAAAGGGGCGAAAUCGGUGGAGUUGGAUAUGAAACAGCAGAAAGCAACGGUGUACGGAUACAUCGAAGCGAAGGAUGUGAUGAAGGCGGCUCAAUCAACCGGUAAGAAAGUAGAGCCGUGGCCUUAUGUUCCGUACACAAUGGUUGCCCACCCUUACGUCGCCGGAGUUUACGACAAGAAAGCGCCCCCUAAUUUCGUCCGUGCCUCCGACGAUCCGGCGGUCGUAACCCUAACUCCCGUGGAAGAACAGUAUACUCUCAUGUUCAGUGAUGAAAACCCUAAUGCAUGCUCAAUCAUGUAA